CUUUCUUUCUUACACAAUUUGACCAAAACCCUUAAAGAUCCCAAUUUUCCUCCGAAACAAUGGCGGCUUCAUCGUCUUCCUCCUCCUCAGACGUGUCCUCCGAUUCGUCAGACUCUAAUCGCCGCCGCAAGGAUCGCCGUCGCCACCGUAGAAGCGAUCGGGACAAGGACUCGCUCAAGGUACGGAAGAAGAGCCGGUCUAGGUCGAAACGACGACGUAAGCGCCACCACUCUUCAGAUUCCUCUUACUCCGAUUCCUCCAGUGAGAGUUCAGAGAGUGAGCAUGAGAGGUCACGAAGGCACAAGAAGCACGACAAGCCAAAGAAGGCUAAGGAUAAGGAGAGAAGCAAGAGUCAUCGUCAUAAAAGACAUAAGAACAGAGACAGAAAGAAUGGAGAAGGAGAAGGAAGCAGCGGGCCUGUUAAGCUAUCCAAGUUUUUGGGUCGAGACAAGGACGAUGGUGAGCGUAGAAGUGCUGUCUCUGGGAAAAAGAUUAUGCUGAAGGUUGAUAAGUCCAAAGAGGACAAAGCUGCAGAGAGCAAGAGAAAUGAGUUGCUUAAGUUCUUGAACGCAAGUUUCGACUAGUUUUAUUUUAAACACCAAAAAUGUAUCAGACCCUCUUUGAUUAGAUUCUAUGUUUGAUGAUUAAGAUUUUCGUUUUUGUUUAUCCAAAAGGACAAACUUAUCAUGAAAUUGAGUUGGUAUUACCAGCAUAUGGGAUUUGGUUUUCGUUUAA